AAUCCCUAAAUUGCUGGGUCACAGCUGGUGUGAACCCAGAGCCCGCCCCCCUCUUGGUGUUGUCGAGGGGAGGACAUGCACCUACCGGACUCCGGGUUCCCGCCAGCUGGCUGCUCAGGCUGCGCACCCCUCUCUGAGCCUCAGUUUCUCCGUCCAUAAAGUGGUGAGAAGCGGUCACGGACAGUGCCAGGGCCCCGGCGGCCCCCAAAUCCAAAGAGGUGGGCGGGGCCUUUGACCUCCUGACCACCGCCCGGAUCCCGCCCCCGGCCCCGCGGAGCUGAGGCUGCCAGGCCCCGCCCCCCGCCCACGAGGAAGUGGUUGCGGGUCCCAGAGCCGGUUCGGCGCGUCGACUGUCCAGAGUCCGCGGCCAGGAGCCCCGAGGAGCUGAGAAGCCAUGGCCUACCACAGCUUCCUGGUAGAGCCCAUCAGCUGCCACGCCUGGAACAAGGACCGCACACAGAUUGCCAUCUGCCCCAACAACCAUGAGGUGCACAUCUAUGAAAAAAGCGGAGGCAAAUGGGUCAAGGUGCAUGAACUCAAGGAGCACAAUGGACAGGUGACAGGCAUUGACUGGGCUCCUGAGAGUAACCGCAUUGUGACUUGUGGCACAGACCGCAAUGCUUACGUGUGGACACUGAAGGGCCACACAUGGAAGCCCACACUCGUCAUCCUGCGGAUCAACCGGGCUGCUCGCUGUGUGCGCUGGGCCCCCAACGAGAACAAGUUCGCUGUGGGCAGCGGCUCCCGUGUCAUCUCCAUCUGCUAUUUUGAGCAGGAAAAUGACUGGUGGGUGUGCAAGCACAUCAAGAAGCCCAUUCGUUCCACUGUGCUCAGCCUGGACUGGCACCCCAACAACGUGCUCCUGGCCGCAGGCUCCUGCGACUUCAAGUGCAGGAUCUUCUCAGCCUACAUAAAGGAGGUGGAGGAGCGACCAGCACCCACUCCAUGGGGCUCCAAGAUGCCCUUCGGGGAGCUGAUGUUCGAGUCUAGCAGUAGCUGCGGCUGGGUGCACGGUGUCUGCUUUUCAGCAAGCGGCAGCCGUGUGGCCUGGGUCAGCCAUGACAGCACCGUGUGCCUGGCCGAUGCCGACAAGAAGAUGGCAGUCGCAACUCUGGCCUCUGAAACGCUGCCACUGCUGGCCCUGACCUUCAUCACAGAAAACAGUCUGGUCGCUGCGGGCCAUGACUGCUUCCCAGUGCUUUUUACCUACGAUGGCGCUGCAGGGACACUGAGCUUUGGUGGGCGGCUGGAUGUGCCCAAGCAAAGCUCACAGCGCGGCUUGACAGCCCGCGAGCGCUUCCAGAACCUGGACAAGAAGGCAAGUUCCGAGGGCAGCAUCUCUGGCGGGGCGCUAGACUCGCUGCACAAGAACAGCGUCAGUCAGAUCUCGGUGCUCACUGGGGGCAAGGCCAAGUGUUCGCAGUUCUGCACUACUGGCAUGGACGGUGGCAUGAGCAUCUGGGAUGUGAAGAGCUUGGAAUCAGCCUUGAAGGACCUCAAGAUCAAAUGACCCGUGAGGAGAAUGUUGGCCUCAGCCCAGCUCCUGAGGGAGGGAUCAGGGAAGCUAAAGCUCGCUUUGCUAAAUGUUUCUAGGGUACCAGUUUGGAUCCCCACAGGGGAGAAGGAGGGGAGGGGUAGGAAGCUUUUUUUACCUAUUUGAAGAAACAUGUGCCUUUUCCAACAAAUACUUUUCAUUUAUUGUAAAAAAUGUUCCCAAAGCACUCUGCUGGUCAUGAAUUGCUUCAAAACGUGGAGGUAAUAAAAGUACGAUUGUACAGAUGCCUGCCUGUGUUUCAAAGAAGUUAGUGUUUGCAUGGACAUUGGUAGCUUAUUUUUACUUGCCAGUAAAAUUGAGCCAUAAACCCAAGAGACUUCCUCCAAAUGGUUCCUUUGCCACAGCAGUCCAGCCUGGAGGCUGCCAAGACCCUGCCUUUUCCUUCAUUCAGUAGCCAUUCUUAAGACGAGUGGUUGCACUUCCAGGUUGAUUCUAGGCCUUAAUGUCAAUCUAUUUUUACUCUAUUUGAUGUUUGCAGUGGUUUUCUGGUAAAUGCCUUUGUUUUUUAAGGUAUCUUUUCCCUCAUUCUUAUUUUAUU